UCAUCAUCACUCUCGAACUCUGCCGUAGUGUAGCACAGCACACUCCCGCGGUCCCACCAGCUCAACUCAAGUCGGUAGAUCCGUCCAGCCGCCAGCGCCCCCACGCCAUUCUCCGCCGACGAGAGCUCCGCCGCAGAUUUGCUCCCCCGGAUCUGCUGCCGAGAUGGAUAGAGAAGCCAAGAAAGAAGGUUUCAGGAAGUAUCUUGAAUCCAGCGGCGUGCUCGAUACUCUCACGAAAGCUCUUGUUGCGUUGUAUGAGGAGAACGACAAGCCAUCAUCUGCAGUCGAGUUUGUUCAGCAGAAAUUGGGUGGUCCAUCGAUUUCCGACUAUGAAAAGCUCAAAGCCGAGAAGUUGGAUUUGCAACUGAAGUAUAAUGAGCUUUUAGAGACUCACAAGGAAACAAGUAGACAGUUGGAAGAACUUAAGAAUUUGAAGAUCGACGCACCUUGGAACUAAUGGAACCAACAGGUGUUGACAUAGUAGGUGUCACCAAGCAAAUAUAUAUGCCUCUUCAGUUUGGAUCACCAAGUCAUGUAAAAAAGAAACAUUUCUUGGCUAAACUUUGCCAACCAUGUGAUGUAAUGCAUUAUACGCUCCUUAGUCCCUUUGAAUGACGUGCGUGUUCCACUCAAGACCAGAAGUACCAACACCUUCAUGGUCACAGCUGAACUUCAGCACUAUGAUUCUUACUGAAGAGUGGAAUCAACUCCAAGUAUAAUAUUUGAUGUUGUAGAGCAGUGCUACUGUUUGUGUUGUAACAUAUUUUUUCUUCCAUGUAUAAAUCACCUGGUCAAUAGCUAAAAUUGCCAGGUCAAGAUGUUUAUAA